UCAUCUUUUAGCAAUCAUGCUAUAAGUAUACGCCUAGUAUUGCCGCUGCGGUUGGAGAAUCUUUGGAGACGAAUUGAGCAGAAAGAUCCGAACCAUGGGAUUGAAGGAAGAAUUUGAAGAGCAUGCUGAGAAAGCUAAAACACUACCAGAGAAUACUACAAAUGAGAACAAGCUGAUCCUGUAUGGGCUUUACAAGCAGGCAACUGUUGGACCUGUCAACACUUCUCGCCCGGGUAUGUUCAACAUGAGAGACAGGGCCAAGUGGGAUGCAUGGAAGGCUGUUGAAGGAAAAUCCCAGGAUGAAGCCAUGAGCGACUACAUCACCAAGGUGAAGCAGUUGCUGGAAGAAGCUGCCGCUGCAAAUUGAACUGCGUAGUUUGUUUGUUGCUUGCUCGGUUGCUGUGUGAAAGUAUUAUUAUUUACCUCUUUGCAGUAUGAAUGUAGGCUUAUCUAGAUUUACUUAUGCUUUCAACGAAAAAUAUUCCUACUUGAACAUUAGUAAUUCUUAUGUUCUAUGUGUCAAUGAACUGAGAGCCCUUGUUAAUGCUGGUUGGUUGUUAAAAUUCA